UUUUUGUUUGAUGAAGUCGAAUCAACGAUCAACCGAAUCAACAGCAUCGAGAUCGAACCGAAAAAUUCGUGUGCGUUCGAUAUAAAUCAACUAAUAUUUUGUUUGAAUUAUUUAUAAUUUCGUUAUAAGCACGAUUAAAAUGAACCUGGAAAGCUUCGAUGCAUUGCAUAAACGUUACGAAUUUGUAAAGUUGAAUUAUCGAAACUUAUGCAGGAUCUGUGCAGAGACCAAAAACCUGCUGAAUAUUUUCUUGGACGGUAAUUGUGACAAACGGAUAUUCAACGCUGAGCGGAACAUAGGUUUCUUGCUCGGCAAAAAGUAUUUCAUGUUUGAUCCGGAACAGGAAACCGGUCUGCCAAAUAAUAUUUGUGAAAAAUGUGUGGACAAUUUGGUUCGCUGGCAUCGCUUUCAGGAGGUUUACACAGCAACAACAAACUUGCUGCUAAAGGUGCGUGAACAGCUUGAUUUGGAUGUUCGUGUCAAAGAAAAUCCUAUUCCUGAAGAGGAUGACGAAAAAAGCGAUGGAGGUGAUGAAAAAUAUACACAAGAGGAAGUAUUAUCCGCAGCGGAAAGCAUUUAUGAAAUUGAAUAUCUUCAAAGUAUACCGGAAGAAACAACGCUUGAAGACGUUACCAUUGUUGAAAGGGUAGACGAUAACAAUUCGGACGAUUUUGGCGAGCAAGACAAAGAAUGUAAAUAUUCUCUUGAAGAAUAUUCAGACGUUUCUGACACGCUUAUAGCAGACAUUAAAGAAGAAAAAGUAACGAAGCAGUCGCAUUCAGCCACCAAUAAAACAAGAAAGGCCCGUGCUAGGAAAAGCACCCCUUCUGAUGAUGUUCAACCACAGAAUUGUGGUAAGCAAUGCCCCAUUUGUGGUAGGGUAGUUAAGGCCAAGAUGAAGCACCACAUGUUGCGACAUUCUGCUCCCGAGGGACGUCCCUUUAACUGUGACAAAUGUGAAAAAGCCUACUCGUUUAAGCGUAGCCUAGCGGAUCAUAUUCGGCAGGUUCAUGAAAACGUGCGGUAUCGUUGUGAUGUAUGCCAGAAAGAGUUUGUUAGUCGAGACGUUCUGCGGAUUCACAAGAAAUUGCACAUGGACGAAACGUACCGUUGUGAUAUUUGCAGGCAAACCUUCCAGCAGCGUAUUUACCUUCGCAAGCAUAUGGUGGUGCAUGAAGGUAAACGGUUUAGCUGUAACGAGUGUGGAAAAAGUUUUCGAUUUAAAGAAUUAAUGAAGCAGCACAUGCGGAUUCACACUGGCGAAAAACCGUUCCAAUGUAGCUCAUGUCCAAAAAGUUUCCGAACAUCAAGCCAUCUCAAGCAGCAUCAUCGAACGCACACACAGGCGAAAGUGUUCCAAUGUAAACAAUGCACAAGCGUAGCGUACGCCAGUAAAAAAUCGUUGGAUAGGCACAUUUUGCUGGAGCAUUCACAGGAAAAAGAUCGGUCUAACAUGGACUGGACAUUACUACCGUUGGAACCAUUGGAGACUAUUUUUCACCAGCUAGAGUUUAAAGAUCGUAUUGCUUGUUCGCUGGUAUGUCGCAGAUGGAAUGAGGUCCUCUUUAGCUGUCCAGCCCUAGCUCGCAGUAUUAUUUUCAGUAUAGGACCGACUUACUCCACUGAUCUUCGCAGCGUCAUCCGAUGGAGCAAUCGAAACUAUCGACAGAUAACAAUAGUGCUGAACCAUGAUUCUGACACCGCAUUGUCUGAACUUAUUGCAGAGACUGCUGAACGAUGGGACGUAAAGCUUGUAUCAUUAGUUGGAGAUCCACCCAAAGUCCUUAACUGUAUGAACCUGAACGCCAAUUUGUUCAACUCGAUCACAGAGCUGAACCUGGAAUUUACCAUGGAUCGUGCUUGGCCUGUGAUUUCCGCACAGACAAUUACUUUUAGAAAUCUUAAAAAGUUCAACUAUCUACAAGUAUACACAGGUUCCAAUCCUAUGGGGAUGCUAUUUCGACUGGUAGUUCCAAAUUUGGAAGAGGUAUCUGUAGUACUAGAUUCGUUAGCCAACGAAGAAGCCAUGUACUGGGCAGACCCACUGAUCGAAAUAGUAGAGUGCAACAAUCUGAAAUCAUUGGAAGUUGAUUUGAAUUGCACCAUGUGGGAGAGAUUUUUUGCCACUGAAAGACCUACAUUGGAACGAUUGGUGAUACGUCGAGCCAGUGACGAAUUCCAGGAGCGAGACUGGAACCUACUUUUCCGUAACAUGCCGAAUCUACGCUACGUUGAGUUUGUUUUCUCAAAUGAUAUAAUGCUGUCUAAUUUGACUAGAAAUUGCAAAAAAGUUGAACGGCUGAUGUUGAAUGGUUUUUGCCUGCACGAUGGGUCCUUCGCCAACAACAUGAGUCUAUUAUCGUUGAAACAGGUUCACAUGGACGGCUGGAUGAAUGGGGCAUUAUUUUCCUUGAAUUCUCCGCUUGAUUUAGUCCAUUUAGAAGAACUCACGUGGAAGUACGUAGAAUUGGCCCCCGCGCAGGGUAGUUUUACACUGGUAACGCCUGAACUGCGACGACUAACAUUACGCGGUUGUGACUACAAGCGUUUCUUACUGGAGGUUGGAUGUCGUCUCGAGAUUAUCGAUAUGGAUUACUACGAGGAACAGGUGUUGACACCAAACUUUUUCGAUUCACUGGAGAAUCUUCAACACCUCACUUUACACAUCAAUAGCAGCUCACUGAAACUAGUUCGACACAUGCGCCAUCUGCCUCAAUUGAAUCAGCUGGAAUUGGUAUGUUCCACCGAACGCCAUGGGUACGACUGUAAUGCCUUGUUCAGCAGUAUUUGUUCCCACUGUCCUGAACUGCGGGAACUCUGCAUACGCAAUGAGCACGAAAAUUAUCUUAGUAUUGGCUACCGAUAUUUUGUGCAACUCGUUAGAUUGAGCAAACUGCGGAUAUUAACUCUUCAGUACAUCACACUGUACAAUGUGGUCGGCGAAAUACCGAUGGAACACUUGAUAGAACCAGAGGAUGGCCUUCCCAAAAAGAUAUGCGUUAAUUGCAAAGAUUUCUUACGACAGCUUUACAAAUUCAGGAACCAGUGUCAGGAAGCAAACGAUCUUCUGGUGGAAGCACUUACCUCUUCGUCCGCAGAACAAAAACAGCAGCUAGCGCAAGAGCCUCUGCUAGUGUCUCAUACCCAGUCAGUGCUUAAAAAUGAAUGUUUGGAGGAUGUUGAAAUAGAACCUAAUUUCGAAGCAGCACCUCAAAGUGUUCCAAUUCACCCCCCAGUUGAGGAAUCUAUUGCGGAAAUUGAUUCUUGCAGUAAUUUCUCGGACCAAGUGUGUGUGAAAAUAGAGUCACCAAACUCCCAACAGUUAUCGCAGAUUGUUGAACAUGUUGAGCACUAUGAAUUUCUAGAUGCCGAGGAAGAAAGUGUUCAAGAUGAAACAACAUAUGAUCACGUUGAUCUAAGAGAAACAGAGAUUGAGUCGGAGUAUGUAAUCGAAACAUACGACGAUAUUGCAUCGGACGAACAGAAUUCAGUAUUUCGUGAGGAUGGAGAGUAUACUGAAUGCAAGCCUGAACAUGACAAAGUGAACGAACGCCAACAGGUAUUCGAACAGUUGGAUAUCUCUGCAAUGAAAUCAAACAAAGGACAGUUGUGUAAGAUGUGCGGCAAAUUUUCCACUUGCUUAAAAUAUCAUAUGAUGUGCCAUACCGGAGAACGACCAUUCGCUUGUAAUCAAUGUGAAAAAUCUUUCCGAACCGCCACUAAACUGAGAAUACAUGUAAAUUGUGUACAUCUCAAGGUCAGAAAGUACACUUGUGAUGUAUGUAACAGGAAAUUUCUCGACUCUGGUAAUUUACGAAAUCACAAAGUUAUCCAUAGUGGCGAACGUAAGUAUGUAUGCAAUUACGAAGGAUGCAACAAAACGUUUGCCCUACCGGGAACACUGACUGUUCACAAAAAAUCUCACACCCAGGAUAAACAGUUUGCUUGCGAUUAUUGCUCCAAGUUGUUUCUUUACAAGUGGCUUCUAGUGAAGCAUCUGAGGACGCAUACCGGCGAAAAACCGUAUCAAUGCGAUAAUUUGAAUUGCGGCUUGGUGGUAAUGGAGUCUUCGAAACUGGAAUCUGUCAAUGAACAGAAAAACAAGGAACUAGAAAAGAUUCGUUUUUAUGUUGAGAACUAUGAUCGGUUAUGUCGGCUUUGUCUGACCAACGAACGGCUGGUAAAUCUGUACAGCAUUGUUCAGGGGCGGAAUGUGUUCUACGUGCGGAAUUUCAUCAAGCAAGCCCUUCGGAUGCUGGACCAAAAGAUCGACAAAAAAGAUCCUUUGCCCAAUUUCAUUUGUGAGAAAUGUGAGCGCAACUGCAACAUUAUAAUUAAUUUUAAGAACAAGUGCGAUGAAUCUCGGCGGAUUCUAGAGAAGAUACGAGAUAAAACUAUUUCUCCGGAAGAUUUAAAAAAAUCCGAUGCUCGUACGGUGGUUAGAGAUGUUGGACGCAGCCGAACUAAGACGAAAAAUGUCACUGAAUUAAACUGCGAAGAGCUGUUGAAAAAGCUUCCUCAGGACUUAAAUAUUGAAAAGAUACGAGAGCACGCCAAGGAUGACGUUCAAACAUGUUCUGCGGGAUCUGAAUUAGUAAGUACUGUGCCGAAAUUCGAUACGGAGGAGAUAAAAAAGGAAGUGGCCAGUUUUGGGCUUAUUUUCCCUGGAACUGACCUCAAUCUAGAUCUGAACGAUUUCGUCAAUUUAGUUGACGAAGGAUCUACCAGUCUACCUUAUGGAGAUGUCGUAAGCGAAUAUGACAGUGAUGGAAGGAUGUUGCUCCAUCACGAUUCGGAUAGCGAUUGGAAGUCGGAGAAGACGAACGAACAAGGUGUCACAGCGGUAGUUAUUAGAAAUGAGCCUCUUAACUCUGUAAAACUGAGAAAUUUUUCAUCUAGCAAAAGAGAACGAAAGGCACGAGAAAUAAUUACAAAAGCGGGGGAUAGACGCUCGAAUAGGCUACCGAAAGAAAAAACUAUAUGUCCAAUUUGUGGAGCAUUGGUAAACAAUAUCAAAUGCCACAUGAUUAUCCACGAGGAUAUUCGCCCGCAUCAGUGUGAGCAAUGUCCAAAAAGUUUUACUUCUCGGAACAAACUGCAGUCACACAUUAACAGUGUUCAUUUGAAGAAAAGGGAUUUCAAGUGCGAGGUUUGCGGAAAAGCAUUUUUGGAGAAAAACAAUCUGAAGGGUCAUCAGCGAAUUCAUAACGGAGAUAGGAAAUAUCAGUGUGAUCUAUGCCCGAAAACAUUUCUGUUCGCGGGAACUCUGCGUUGCCAUAAGUUGACCCAUACACAGGACAAAAAGCACGAAUGUCAGGUUUGUGGUAAGUUGUUUCUCAUGAGAACUACGUUGAACAAGCAUCUGUACGUGCAUAGUAACGAGCGCCCGCACAAAUGUGACCUAUGUGAGAAGACGUUCCGAACAUCGACGCACAAAAUUAUACACAUGCGGACGCACACCGGCGAGAAACCGCUACAGUGUCGAAUCUGUGGCAUUGGCUUUGCCCAUCACAAAGCGCGCAGCGUGCACUUGAAGACGAAACACGCCGAAGAACUGGUCGCGAUGGAUAUGCUCGACGAGAGAGGACAUCUCAAGUUUUAGGAUAGGUAAGACAAGAGGGAUGUGUUUAAAUUGUUUGAUUAUGUUAUGAGAAUAUAUAGCUAUCUAUA